AUGAAGUUCUCUACCGCAAUUGUGGGCAGUGCCCUUGUCGCCAGCGCCUUCGCUGCUCCCUUGACUGCCAAGCGUCAGGCUCGCCGUGCCACUCGCCAGCGCACCAGCAACCCGCCCUUCAAGCCCGGUACUACUGAGGCCAUCUCUCUCAAGGGCACCAAGGAAGUCGAGUACAGCUCCAACUGGGCUGGUGCCGUCCUUGUUGGCACCGGCUACAAGGCUGUCACUGCCGAGUUCACCGUGCCCACCCCCAGCAAGCCCAGCGGUGGAUCCAGCAGUACUCAGUACUGCGCCUCCGCUUGGGUCGGUAUCGACGGUGAUACUUGCGACACUGCUAUUCUCCAGACCGGUGUCGAUUUCUGUGUCACUGGAAGCACUGUCUCCUUUGAUGCUUGGUACGAGUGGUACCCCGACUACGCUUACGACUUUGACCUCACUAUCGCCGCUGGUGAUGUGAUCAAGGUCACUGUGGAUGCCACAUCCGAUACUGCCGGCACUGCUACCGUUGAUAACGUGACCACUGGCAAGUCCGUCACCCAUACCUUCACCGGUGGCGUUGACGGUGACCUCUGCGAGUACAAUGCUGAGUGGAUCGUCGAGGACUUUGAGGAGGAUGACUCCCUUGUUCCCUUCGCCGAUUUCGGCACUGUCACUUUCUCCAGCGCUUCCGCUACCAGCGGCAGCACCAGCGUUGGUCCUUCCAGCGCCACUCUGAUGGACAUUGAGAGCGACAGCGGUUCCAUCCUGACCUCCGUCUCCGUCACCUCCAGCGAGGUUGUCGUCAAGUAUGUUUAA